AUACAAAACUGCUAUUCCCAGGAUGCAAAGGGAAUAGAAUCUAGUCGCCUGAUUGGCUGGGUGGAAGGAUACGUUUCCGUGUUGGAGCGUGGUUCUCUUUUGGGUCGUCUUCAGCAAGUCCCUGGAGAAGGAAGAGGCUGUGAUGGUGGAGGGGGCCUGCCCUGUCCGUCCUGUCUGGUGAUGGGUGUUUGGGUUGAUGCUGCGCUGUGGGGUGUAGAGGGGGUUGGGUAAGAUCUUUCCAAAGUAUUCGCUAUGGUUCAAGAACGAAAAUGUAUACUGUGCCACAUCAUAUACACCUCAAAAAAGGAGAUGGAUGAGCACAUGAGAAGUAUGCUUCAUCACAGGGAACUUGAAAAUCUGAAGGGAAGGGACAGCAACCAUGAGUGCCAGGUGUGUCGGGUGACAGUGGUGGGCUUGUCGUCAUAUGCUAAGCACAUCUCCAGCCAGCUGCACAAAGACAAUGUUGAAGCUCACGAUGGAGACGAAGGAAAGGAAGAGGCUGAUGAAGAAUACUUUGACAAGGAACUCAUCCAGUUAAUCAAGCAAAGAAAUGAGCAGAACCGGACAAGUGAAGCCUGCCGUGUGAACCAUGAAACAGAAACUGAAGACAGAAGGUCACAAAGACGGCAAGAUGAUAGAACUUAUCAAGACAGAGAAGCCUAUGAUUCAUCAUCAUGGUACUAUCAUGGGCCACCUCAGAGAGACUGGAAAUGGGAAAAUGAUGGAUUCUUAAAUUCUAGACAAGGCAAAUUUGCACAUUCUACAAGGAACCCAAAUAACACAAACAGGCAUCUCGGCAGCCAGAGAGGAAGGCCUGGAUGGCAUCAAAAUAAUUCUGGAGUGCCUUCAAAUCGAUAUCAUAACUAUGGGAAUACUGGAGGCAGUUGGCAUCAGAAUUCUGGAGGUGGUCCAUCAGGUUGGCAUCAUGGUGGCAGAGGAAGAAAUUCCAACUGGAAUUCUGAAGGGAAAAAUAACUUUUCUAAUUGGCAAUCCAAAAACUCUGGAGGUAACUGGAAACUCAGUCAGCAAAGUAGAGGUGGCUGGAAUUCAGGAAGAAAUAGAGCUGCAAAUAAUAUCUCCCAAAUAGACAGUUUGGAUGUCCCCUGGUUUAAAAGCAAGAAUGUUCGGGAUAAAUACAGUAGAGAAAUGUAUACAUGGCCGUGGCAGGAUAAUGAGUCUGUGGUACCUUAUACAGGCCACAUGAAUGAAAAUGACAGCAAUUGCUUAUUGGAUUUCACUAGUGAUCAACUUCCUCCAGAUGGGUUACUGAACUUUGGCAUUUCUGUUCAACCAGAUAGCAAAACCUCCAAAGUAAAUGGAAAGUGCAGUAGCAGCCCUUCUCGAGAAAAGACAAGUCGUUGGGCUCCAUAUCCCUCCCAGAAAACUGUAGAACUGUCACCGCUGUCUGAUAAGAAUGGGACUAAAAUACCAGAGAAAGCAGAUUCUGCUAAGCUGUCAUCAUCCUCAACUCCAAAAUGGACAGAUCCAAAAACCAGUGACCCAAAGUUUAAAAAAUGGGAAGAAAGUUUUUCAUUCUCCUCCAAUUCAAAAGCAGCAUCCAACAAACUUGUGCCAUCCAGAGAGCCAACAGAAUGUACCAGUGGGAAAAAAUCAGACCAAGCCAAAAGCAAGGGUCAUAGGAUGCCAUCUCUAAAGUCUCCACUUCUUGCUAUUCCAGAUUUAAAGCCAUCUUCUCAAAAGAGAAGCCCAAAGAAUAUCUUGAAACAUGUCCAGCUUUUGUUAUCCUCUGGAGAGUGUCAGAGUCAACUGAACACCGUAGAUUUGGAAGCUAACAGUUCUUCCUCUGAUGGAUCUAACCUAAGCAAUGAAUAUAAUAAUUCCAAAGGCAUCAGAAAUGUGUUGGACAUCAAUGAAAGUCUAAGUGAAGUAUUAUGGAAAGCGGAACAAGAGCUGCAGUGUAGCCAUUCUUUGCAGACUCCUCCUUUGAACACUUACAUAAGAACUCAUAGUGAUGGAAAUGAAGAAUGGAGAACUGAGGGACCUGUGCAUUCCUUUCGUGAGUCCCAGAUAGAUAGGAUAGAGGAAGAGAAUUACACAGACAUAGCAGGAACCAAAAGUGCCCCCUCAAAUACUUGUUUAUCCCACGAACCUGCAGAAAAUGACUGUAUUGCAGAAACUGACCGUAUUGCAAGAAAAAAUGGUAACAAUCUAGGAGAAUCGGGGCAUAUUGACAAAAACUCAGAAUUUCACAUGCAGUCCAUAGAAUUUCUAUCACACUCACAGCACAACUUAGAUAUUGACUUGAAAGCAAUGCACGAAGAGGACGGUGAGGAAGACGUUACAAAAUCAAAUGAUCAUCCUGAAGACGAAGAUUAUGAAGCUCACUUAAAUCAUGAGCUGCAGAAAGGUGCAGGAGGACAGCCUUCUGGUCCUCUUCUCCCUGAAUUGAGUAAACUUGGCUUUCCAGCAUCCCUCCAAAGAGACUUGACAUGGCGUGCUAGUUUGAAGAGCAAAACAGGCACACAUCUACCAGAGCCCAACCUCAACAGUGCAAGGCGAAUUCGGAAUGUUAGUGGACAUCGAAAAAGUGAGACAGAGAAGGAAUCGGGCCUCAAGCCUACCUUAAGGCAGAUUAUUAGUGUCUCACGUAGAAAUGUAAACUGGGAGCAGGUCAUUCAGCAAGUGACAAAGAAGAAACAAGAACUUGGCAAAGGUUUACCAAGGUUUGGCAUUGAGAUGGUUCCUCUCAUCCAGAAUGAACAAGAGAGUCUUGGGCUGAGUGAGGAGCCUGAUCUGACUACUCUUGAAGGAUUCCACUGGGAAGGGAUCUCUUUUGGCUCUCCUGGGUCCAUUAGAAAACGUAGCCUCUCAGAAAGUAGUGUGGUGAUAGAGAAGACAGCUUCUGCUUAUAGUUUCUUCAACAAUCAUAGCCCAAGCAAAGACAGCGAGCAAAGGCAAAUCACUUCAGUAACUGGCACUGAAGACACAACUUCUGAGUUCCAGAAGCAGCCAAAUGUGAAACAAGAGGCCUCUUCUCUCCCUUCAUCACCAUUCAGAACUGACUCCACUGCUAAUGGAAGGAGGUUCAGCCUGCAGAUGCCCCCUGAUGUUACCAGCCUGGCUGCAAUUACUACAAAAGAAAUCCAGAGAAUCCCAGAAUACAGAGCACAGCUACUUGAAAGCCAAACUUUGCUAGAAAGUCCAGGGGAAAGAUAUUGUUUAGCUUCAGCCCUUGCUACAUCCAUCACUGUCGAUGCAGCCACUGAUAGCAGCUAUACAUCUGGCAAUGAACAGAAUGACAGCCAGGGAAUUGGCAAAAAAAGAAGAGCAACUGCAGAGGGGUCAUCUCCUGAAAUGCCAAGUCUAGAAACAAAGAAUAAGCGAAGGAAGAUUAAAGGCAAAAAAGAACGUUCUCAGGUAGACCAGUUGUUGUCUAUUUCUCUGAGGGAAGAAGAACUGAGCAAGUCAUUGCAGUGUGUGGAUGGAAGUCUCAUGCAGGCUCGAGCUGCUUUGCAGGCAGCUUAUAUUGAAGUUCAGCGACUCCUUGUACUGAAACAACAGAUAUCUGAGGAAAUGGGCACUUUGAGGAGCCAGAGAAUUGAGAUCCUUCAGGGGCUUCAAGAAACAUAUGAGCCUUCCGAACAGCAGGCUCAUCCCAGUAACUUGAGUGAAAAAAGAAACUGCAAGCUUCCACCAACACAGGGCCUAGCUGCUAAUUCAGGUCUUGUUCCUCUUCUGGAAAGUACAUCACCCCUCUCAGGCCAGAUAUCUCCAGCAGCUUUGGCAGCCCCUAUCCAAGUAAGCGUUCCUCCUGCAUUUCAAACUACUGGGGUCAUGGGAGCCAUCACAGUUCCUGAUUCAUCCAUUCAAAUCAAGCAAGAACCUGCAUCUCCAAAGCCUGGAGAAAGCAUGAAUAUACCACUGCGGAGCUCUCCUUGUUUACCUCAAGCAGAACUUCAGUUUCAGGAUGGUAUUGCAAGCCAGAAAUCUUCAGUGUACCCUGUAAUCUCUGCUGCCAUGUCCUUGUCAGGACUUAUUCAUUUCCAGCAACCUAAUCAAGAUAUUCAAGAUCCUUUUCCUGAUAAGGAGACCACCAUCUUAUCUGGCCUUUCCCCCCUUAGCUGUUCACCACUUUUAGCGUCAGUGAAGACAGAAGAAAACAUAGGAUCAGCAGACAACCCCAUCUCAGAACAGUGUACUAGUUCCUUUCAGAGCAGAACUUCCCCUUCUGAGACACCUGUGAAUGAAGAUACCCAACGGGCCACUGAACAGUCUGAGCAGAUGGCAGUUUCUACUGUGGUCUCCAUAGACAGUAAAGUAAGCAAGAAAAAGAAGAAGUUGAAGAAGAAGAAAGCACUGCGAGCAGCCCAUGUGCCUGAGAACAGUGACACAGAGCAGGAUAUAAGUGACUUGAAACCUUUCAGGAAAGUCAAGUCUGUAAAGGUGCCCAAAGGAGAAAAAGUUACAACAUCCACCCCUCCAAAGCAAGAAGAUGUAGAGGCUGCUGAGGAAAAAAAUGGGAAGAAGGAUGAAAAUGAGAGUGACACAUCUUUGGAAUUUGUGGAGGUCCCCAAAUCUCCUCUUGAAGUGGUAGCCAUCACUUCUUCAGAGUCAGGAGAUGAGAAACCAGACAGUCCUUCCAAGAGGGAUUCCUUGAACUCCUCGGAACAGGUUUUGAGAGAAGCAUCUAGGUCUGGCUAUGAUGAAGUGAGCUCUACUAGUGAGAUUGGAACAAACUAUAGGGAUGGUAUUGGUAGAAGUGUGGCUGAGACCCAGACAUCUAUAUCAUCAAUUAGAGGAUCAAAAAAUUCAUCAGAAAUCUCUUCAGAGCCUGGGGAAGAUGAAGAACCUACAGAAGGAGUAUUUGAGGGACAUGCAGCUGCAGUGAAUGCUAUUCAGAUUUUUGGGAAUUUACUGUACACCUGUUCAGCAGACAAAACUAUCUGUGCAUAUAAUUUGGUGAACAGGAAAUGUCUUGGCAUAUUUGAGGGACACACUUCAAAAGUGAACUGCCUGCUGGUUACUCAGACUAAUGGGAAAAAUGCAGCUCUCUAUUCUGGCUCCAGUGACCACAAUAUAAAUUGUUACAACAUUAAGACUAGAGAACUUAUUGAUCAGUUUAAAUUAGAUGACCGGGUACUCUGCCUGCACAGCAGAUGGAAAAUACUUUAUGCAGGACUUGCAAAUGGCAGCGUGGUCACCUUUAGUAUAAAGAACAACAAACAAGGUGAUACCUUUGAGUGCCAUGGUCCCAGAGCAAUCAGCUGUCUAGCUACAGCCCAGGAAGGAGCGCGCAGGCUGCUGAUUGUGGGAUCUUAUGAUUGUACAAUCAGUGUGCGAGAUGCCCGAAAUGGACUUCUGCUUCGAACUCUUGAAGGCCAUAGCAAGACAGUCCUCUGUAUGAAGGUUGUGAAUGACCUGGUAUUCAGUGGUUCCAGUGACCAAUCUGUCCAUGCCCACAACAUACAUACAGGGGAACUUGUACGGAUCUACAAAGGACACAACCAUGCUGUGACGGUUGUGAACAUCCUGGGGAAAGUUAUGGUAACAGCCUCUUUGGAUAAAUUUGUUCGUGUUUAUGAGCUGCAGUCUCACGAUCGUUUGCAAGUCUACGGUGGACACUCGGACAUGAUUAUGUGCAUGACCAUUCAUAAAAGCAUGAUCUACACUGGCUGUUAUGAUGGCAGUAUUCAAGCUGUGCGGCUUAACUUGAUGCAAAAUUAUCGUUGCUGGUGGCAUGGAUGUACGUUGAUAUUUGGAGUUGUGGACCACCUGAAACAGCAUUUGUUAAAUGACCACACAAACCCAAAUUUUCAAACACUAAAGUGUCGGUGGAAGAACUGUGAUGCCUUCUUCUCCUCCCGGAGAAGUUCCAAGCAGGAUGCUGUGGGACAUAUUGAAAAACACGCAGAAGAUGAUAGCAAGAUUGACUCAUGAAGUGUUUACACCUCCCACAUUGGGAAGUAUGUGUUCUGUACUGGAAAUUCCAUGUCUUGUCCCUUUUCCUCCUGAGUUCCUACUUGGAGUACAAAGAGGAGUAAGCCCUUUUUUUUAAAUUUUGCUACAGAGACAGCUUUUUGCUGGCAGCUCUGUAGAGAAAGGAAUGAUGGACAGAUUCAGACCAAACAAUCGCAAAUGUUUUAAGUUUUUAUUCAUCAGGAGAAACCAACUCCUUUCCUUUUUAUUUUACACUCUCUAAGUGGUAGAUUGUGUAUAUCUAAGAUUGAGAGUUUAGUACUCAAAACUGGUGCUUAAAGACUCUGUUGUAUUCUUGAAUUUUAUGUUGUUACAAAGGAUCUCCCAGAUAUAUUAUACUUUUGGAUUUAAACAGUUUCAGUCAUUUCAAAAAAACUCCAGAAAUAUCACAUAUGCAGUGAUUGCUCUGUUUACUUCCAUCGCAUAUUUGUACCAUCUCAUAGGAUGAAAUGUAGUGUCCUUAAUUAAAAAGUAAAUAUAAACUUGC